GACGACGGCAACAACUCAGGCGGCGAUGGCGAUCGACGGAGAAGACAACCUAGCAGCAGGCGGCGGCAUGCAAUUGAUGGCAACGGCAACGGCAACGACAACAACUCAGGUGGCGAUGGCGUUCGACGGAGAGGAAAACCCGGCGGCGGCAUGCAAUCGACAGCAACGACAACAACUCAGGCGACGAUGGCCAUCGACGGAGAAGACAACCCAGCGGCGGCAGCGAUUGCAUGUUUUUGGUUAUGAGAUUGGAGCGGGUGGAGGGAAUGGGAAGGGGUCAGUCGGCUGUGCUCUGCGUGGGACGGCGUCGAUGGAGAGCCAGAGGAAUCGAGGUCCUCGAGAAGACAGCGGCGGAGUGGAGCGGCGACGGCCGUGAGUGGGAAAGGGGGCGGACUGCCUAGAGGGUAGGGUUGUGACUUGCGAGGGUUUGGGCUCGGUAGGUUGUGGGGAGAGUUGGGCUGUAAGUGAGGGUUUGGGCUCAAUUGGGUUGUGUGGAGAGUUAGGCUAUGAGGGUUUGGCUAUGUAUAUUAAGUUUUUCGGUUUUUCGGUUCGGUGUUCGGAUUGUCGGUUCGGCCAACACGACCCUGGCUCCCGAACUAUGCAUUUUUUGUUUCCGAUUUCCGAACAACAUAAUUUCGGUUUCGGUU